GCUGUGACAAGAAUCGCUUAUACCUGAGUCUACGUACUGGCCAGAGAGCAACGCCCAUUAGAGUGUCUCUGCUUGGCUUUGCAGCAGACAACAGGCACCUAUUAAUCUGCGUUGUACAAUACUGGAUCGUCAUCGUUCGCUAUGUCGGCAGUAGAGUCGCAUGCGACUUCAAGCAGCUCGGACUCCGUUGUACCCCGUGGUCGCGGUCGUCCCAAGGGGAGCAAGAACAAGAAGACACUCCUGGCGUUGCAACUCCAGGCCGCUUCGCAACACCCGAGUGGUCAUAAUGAGGUGGUGAAGAGGCCUCGAGGUCGUCCACGGAAACAUCCAAUUCCGGACGCUUCGCUCGUCAAGAGACCUCGCGGGCGUCCGCGUAAACAUCCUCUCCCUUUAACACAGGCGACGUCUGCUGAUGAGCCGAGGAGCAGGAGAAGCUUUUCCGCCAGUUCGUUCUCAGUGCCUGACUCGGGGACGCCCUCGUCUUCAGGCGGGGUCGCGGACUGGGAGAGCUCGAGCUCCUCUGGUGGUUCCGCGUACUCUCGCUGGGAGACCUCCCGCAGGACUCCCUUUGACGUCUCGUCCAUGAGCAACCAGCAGGCUCGGGCAGCAUCCUCCAUCGCACCGAACGAGGAGCGCUCGCGUCCUCGACAGGAGGAGAAGACGAGUAUGGAGUUCCACCUCAAGAUCGUGUACCAUGACGAGGAUAAUGCUCGAAAGUGGUGCCGGCUAUGCAUGAUUCAGACGCGGGAACAGGAAAAUGCGGCACAUGUGAAGCUGCUGCCGUUCCCCAUCGAUGCGACGCCGUCCUCGCUGAUCCAACAUUGCGAGAACAUGCAUACUUCGACGUGGAGACGGAUCGCUGGUCUUCCUGCAGAGCAGGCGGAAGAGAUGGCCGCGGCUUUGGUGGUGAAAAGGUAGUGCGGCGGUCGCUCGACAGGAACACAGCCUUGAAUCUUGCGGCACCUGUAUGUUUUAGCUAACCGGUCUACUCUUUGAUUAGCCUCUUCG